AGAAAAAAAUUGUUUAGAAAUAGGAAGUGUAGUUCCCUGACUGCUGAGUUGCAUGCAAUAAAGUAAAAAGGGCGGACAUCAGUAACGUUUCAGCCAGAAUAUCUUGGCAAAAGAAAACUGCAGGGCACAAACUGCAUGGGCAGGUUGUUGUUUUCCAGAGCAGUGGAACAUAGCAAUGCCAGGCCAAGAGGGGAACAGGGGCAUUACCCAAAGGCACACCCAAUCACCUGCUGAGCAGCACUGUUCUCAGGGACACAAUGAAGUCUUCUGCUCUCAUCCCCUAGGCAUGGCUUCAGGAAGCACUAAAGAACAGCCAAAUCUGUCUCCAUUUUAUGAGAUCCCGAGGUUGGUGUGGAACGUAUUAAACCAAUAUCUGACUGUUGCAUUCGCAGUUUUGUUUAAGAUGUGGCAACACUGCAAGGCCUGGUGCCGUUUUCCAUGCCAUGGACACAGUAGCCAAAGAAACCUGAGUGUAAACGCAGAAGUUGAUAUGCUGUUAUAUUGUGCUAAAAAAUGGAAAGGGGAAGCACUACGAGCAAGGCAAAUGAGGAAGGCUUAUGAAGAAGUAUUUCUGAAGUAUCAUAUCAAAAGUGUCCGUCCAGUUAAAGAUGAUAGCUACUCUGCUCUUAGAGCUGUACUCUUUCAAGUUUUCAAUCAAGGAAUCCCCUUUCCUGGAUGGAUGAAAGAGACAGACAUUUUAAAGCUUCCUGAAAAACUUCUCUAUUCACAAGGAUGUAACUGGAUACAGCAGUUCAGUUUUGGUCCUGAGAAGUAUGCUGGAACAAAAGUUUAUGGAAAAUUACGCAGAUGUCUAGAAGUCUUCAAGAAAGAGUGGACAGAAAUAUGCCCUUCAAAAGACCCAGCUAAAAGACGGAAGCUGUGUAAAACCAUUUUCUCUGAUGAAGCCAAGGAGAGAAAACUUUAUGAAGCAAUAAAAUUUCUUAUGCUGUAUUGGGUGAUUGAUGGUUAUGAAAACAUAAAGGAAGGACACAACUUACCACAGUUCUUUAAUUUGCUUUUUUCAAGAGACACAUCAUCGGAUCCUCUUAGCUUUAUGAUAAACCACCUGAAUCCUAUUGGUGACACCACUGGAGUAGAGCAGGUUGAAAUGUUUUUGGUCGGAUACACAUUAGAGGUGAAAAUAAAAGUGUUUCGGCUGACCAAGUGCAGUACUGAAAAAUGUCAAGUAUUUUAUCCUGAGGAUUAUAAAUGUGACUGGCAUGAAAUCUGCCUUGUAACUGAAGACGAUAGACAUUAUAACAUACCAAUCAUAACCAAAUAAGCUUUCAUUUUAGAAAUAUGUCACAAUAACAAAGAAAAUUAAGAUAUAUAAGCAAAAAAGUACCCUGAGAUCAAUAACAGACUGCCUACAAUAUUAACACAUCUUAAAUGUCUGUAGAGAAGGGUGGAGGGUGAUUUUUUUGUUUGGGGAGGCUACUUAACCCUUACUUGCCAGGAGCUUUUUGAUCUUAACACUCAGCUUAUGUCCCGUAAAAACAGAGCAUGUCAUUGAAGAAAGAGCAACUACUGUGCUGGCACAUAUAUAUAUAAGCACUCUAUAAUUAAUUAUAAGAGCAGGUAGGUGAGAAACAAAGCUGUUCUCUCUGUUAAUACCUAGUAAUAAAUAAAAAAAAAUUCUUUGCCUCUGAUUAGUGGCAUGAUAGACUGCUUCUUUGAAAACACUUACAAAAAAGGAAAAAAUUAGAAUCUAUUUAUCCACCUUGCGAGGACCAAACAUGGAAUGGCUUAAAUUUGCCCCUUUUAGCUUAUAUAUUUCUCAGGCAAAACCCACUAAAUGUUUUUUCUGUCUAAGGAUUUUUAGAGGUGUAGUUGAACACCAGCUUGGGGCUGCAAGAUGAAUCCUGGGAGAAGCUAAAGUGGAAGGUUAAGGUAGGAUCCAGUGCACAGUGAAGAUAAAAGUUUAGCAUCCCCACCACUUAAUCAUGUGAGAUAAGUUAGUAUUUCUUUCACAAUCAACAAAUAUUUCUUUCACAAUCAACAAAACACACUACCUUUUUGUGCCUGAGGGGGUCCAGGGGGGUCGAUGAGGGCGGCAGAGAAGCUAACUGCGCUCUCUGUGCUAGAAGAGCCGGAAAUUUGGCUCUUAAUUUGGCUCUUAAAGAACCAGGAGCGGCAUUUUUGCUGCCCCUGGUACCUAGUGGGGCGCUGCUGCCUGAGGCGAUAGCCUCAACUCGCCUCAUUUGCGAAGGCAAUUGUGAGAGACCAUUGUCUCGGGCACCCCAGACACAUAAUAAGCAGUGAAAAGCUGUGGAUAUUUACACUCCAGGGACAUUAUACAUAAUAAAAUACAUUGAUUAAGGCACAAAGAGGGGAUUUGACACUUAUAGGAAAAAACACAGAAUAGCUAGUUAAAGUAAGAAAGGGCAGAGCCGUCAACUCCCCCAGUUUUAUCUGGAAUUACCAGAUUUUCACCUCUGUCCCCUGGUCUCCUGUCACUAUGAUGCAUUCCCCGAUUUUUGACAAUCUCUGAUGAUUCCUAAUGAUUUGUGGCAAAAAUCUGGUUUGUGCAUGCAGUGCAGUUGCAGCAACUUCAGGAGAGGUUUUUUUUGUGCAUAUACAUGGCGUAGCUUCCACUGACAUCACUUCCCGUGAUGUCACAUACCUGGAUUUUUUUUGUAGAGGAGCACUGUACAUGCCACACUCUCCUCCAGAUUUGAAAUUUUGAAGGUUGACAGCUCUGGAAGAAUGUUGUAGGCAGUGGUCAUUCAGUUGUUGCAUUUCUUUCAAACUGUGGCACCCUAUUUUGCUUCAGAGAAACAUGCAUACUUCAGGUUAACAGACAGCAGCUACAGCACAGAUAGUUACUUUUAUUUUUUAGGUUGGCCCCACACACAGAAUAUUUCUGUACUGUAAAUUAUUCAUGGCAGCAGGCUUUUUCACUGUCCUGGUUCUGCCACUAGGGGAUUGACUAGGCUGAAGAAAGUUACAAAUUCCUUCCUCCAAACCUAGCUAAUUUUCUUGUGUCAGGACCGGUGCAAGACUGGGAUUUACAACGUGAGGAGAAAAAAACAGUUGGUAAAGAUUUUCCUUUGUUUUUCGUGAGUAGAUUUGCACCACGCUCAAUGUAUUCUAGCAAGGAGUGAGCUAACAUUGAUUUAGCAGGUACAGUACAAAUCUCACCUAAUCCCUUGUAUACUCUGUUCAAACACCAAUGACUUUCAUUGGCAUUCAGAUAAGCACUGCACUUCUUGCCUUUGUCAAUUCUUCACUAAACUUAGCAAGCACAAACAAAAUUAAAUGGCUGCAUUCAGCGGUCCCAUAUUAACACUUGCUUUCUCUCAUCUCUGAAAUCCAGAAAUCCAUUAUCACUGGAGAAGUAAAAUGAUAAGGGGCAGAUUUGUAGAUGUAGAUUCAUCAGUGAAUUAUGUAUAUGAUUGUGCAUUAACAAUGACUAAAAGUAUCUUCUUCGAUAAAUGUCUAUUUAUCACACUUUAAUUAAAACACUUUCCAAACAGUCAGGAAAAUGUUAAUAAAUAUGAAAAAUAUUUUAUAUCCACGUAUAUACUGUUAUGUGCAAUCCAGAGAAACUUUCAGCAGUUUUAUUUUAUGCAAUUUUUUUUUUGCUCCUUCAAGGUACUCAUAUUAAACAAAUUUGUAUAUUUAUCAAAGUUGCUGAACGUUUUGUUGUUAUAUAUAGGAUGUUCACAAACUCUUCACAAAUCAUGCAUUAGAAAGAGUGAACUGAUGGAACCAACAGUAGAAUCAAGAAGCAGCUACCAAGGUUAUAUUAAUAAUAGUAUGACUCAGGGUUGGACUGGGACGGCAGAACACCAGCUUCCUGCCUUUGCUGCCCUCGACCACCUCUGCGGCCCAGGCGCGCAUGAUCACGUGGGCUGACAAGGGUAUUGUGGUUGCUGAGGGGUCCAGAGGGGGCUUUCUGGCAGGGGUGGGGGUCCCUAAGAAAACAGCCCGGUGGGCCCCCGCCCCCCAGUCCAACCCUGGUAGGACUUCUGCAUGUAAAGCAUGUGUUUGGAAGUCAACCAGAGAUUGUGGAAUGCUGGGGUCCGUUUGGGAGGCUUGGCAUGUAUAUCAACUUCACAAAAACAAUAAUUUUGUGCCAGGAAUCCAAUGCUAUCAGUUUCCAACUGUACUAAAUCACUUUCAAUUUGCUAGCCUACAAACAUAAUAAAUAAGUUGUAAAAAUAACACACACCAUUUUGCUAAAAGAUUCAUAAGUAUUUCUCUUCUGACACUAUGACCCAUUCUGUUUAAAGGAAAACCAUAGGCUUCGGAACUUGGGGAGGGGAGGCAUUUUAUAAUGAUUGCAAUUGCAAUGAUCACAUCAUUCCUUUGUUCCACAUACCCAGAGAGAAAGGGAGAGAGUUGCACAGAGUAGUUGGCAAAUAAACACCUUGUAAGUUUUGAAGCGUAUGGCUUUGCCUGCUUCUCUCUCUUCAUCUGACUUUACUUCCUGCUUUCUGUGUGGUCACCUUUUUUUUCUGCCAAAAAUGGACAGGGGGCGGGCCGUUGAUGUUGGAGGGUGGGUGAUGUCAGGGGUGGGACUGAUUACGUGGCGAUCAGCAGUUGCAGUCUUUCAUACCAGCAGCAAAAGCUCAGCACUGUUUGCUGGACAGCUGGACAUAACUUACUGUCCACAAAGCUUUGUAGUAGGAUUGGGAAGCUGAAUUUGCUCCCUGAUAUAUUUUUUAAUCCCCAUUACCUACUCCCUGUUAUAAUCCUGUAUUAGUUUUUUUUAUUGCUUAAUAAAUGUGCUGUCUUAAUAAA